UUAUAUAGAAGAAGGAAUGCUCGCUACACCAGCACUUCAGUUUCGAACGGUGAAUCGCGCGAUUGUUAAAUCUCCCGGUCCCGUUGGAUCCCACUGGUGAAAUCUUCGCGUGUUUAUCGAGUUCACUGAACGCCUCAGGACAUUUGAUAUCUGAAUCAUGCUGAAAUACACUAUACUCUUCACCACUGUGUUCUGCAUGGUGCAGUCGCAACGACCAUGGCACGCGGGUACCGGUAAUCGUCUGCCCCAAGUACUGCCUCAAUAUAUCGACGAGCGAAUAGCGGCGGAGCAAGCAGCUCAAGCGGGUCAACCGGUUCAAGGGGGCCAAACGAUCCAAACGAAUCUAGGGACUCAAGGAAUCCCAGUGGGCCAAGGGGCACAAGGAUUCCCAAUAGGCCAAGGGGCUCAGGGAUUUCCAAUAGGACAAGGGGCACAAGGAAUCCCAGUGGGCCAAGGGGCACAAGGAAUCCCAGUGGGCCAAGGAGCGCAAGGANUCCCAGUAGGCCAAGGGGCUCAAGGGAUUCCAGUGGGUCAGGGAACUCUAGAAAUUCCAGUGCGCCAAGGGACACAAGGAAUUCCAAUAUACCAAGGAUUCCCGACUUACCAAGGGGCUCAAGGAAUUCCAACUUACCAAGGGCCUCAGGGAAUUCCGACUUACCAAGGGACUCCAGGAAUUCCAACUUACCAAGGGACUCCGGGAACUCCGAUACUCGGCACCAGUAACACGCUGCUGGGGAACCGAAUCGACGGUGGAGACGGUAGCUUCACGCCAGUCAUGAGCACGACCAUAAACCCAGCUGAUCUGCCAGUUGACGCUCACGGCGACGUUGACCUGGUGAACAGGAUCAAGACCUGGCCGAGGGACAAGCAACCCUUCUGGUACAUCAACUGGCAGGCGAUCCAGGCCCAUCGCGGCGACGCAAAUAACACCGCUCAGCCAGCCCAGACGCAGCCGAAUACGAGAUCGUUCUUCGCGGGUUAAGACACAGGAUGAAUUCUAAAUCGGACAACCGACAAGACUGUAAAUUUAAGCAUUUGCUUCUAGCAGCAAGACGAGGACGCGAUCGUCGAUAUUUAUGGCCGUUGACGACAGCGGUUAUUCCUAGUCAAAAUCGUCUCUUUGGAGAAAUCGUGACUUCACCUCUCGAAGAGUCGUCAAUCAGGAUUAUUAUAUCGAUCCGGUUUCUCGCGGAUAGAGGACUCGAAUGCGACCGAAACAAAUGUCACACGAUUGUACGAAUUCGCUUUUACAAUAGAAUUAGUCAAUUUUUAUACGAAAAGGCAGUAACGAUGUUGUUAUAUGUAUAACUCGAAUUACAGAAUAAACUUCUACAGAAUAGACUUCUAAUUGUAAUAAUCUGUAUAUAUUUAUAGAAUAAUCUGAAAUUAGGAAUAUGCGCGCUCCAGAAGAAUAUUAUUAGAACUGUGUGUGCUAUCUGGGAAGAGAUCGACUUGUAGAAUGUUCAGUAUCUUGUUUAAGCAUAUUCAAAAUCAACAUAUACCAUUUACGAUAUUACGUGUAUUACACAUUAUAGUGUGUUACACAAUAAACAAUACGUAAGCUCGAUAAAUAUUACAAAAAUUACUCUGAAAGAUCCUCGACGAAUAUUCUAAAAACGUUCUUCUUUAUUAUGAAUAUAUGAUUUCUAACUGUAAUAAUCUAUAUAUAUUUAUAUAGAAUAAUCUGAAAUUAAGAAUAUUUGCACUCCAGAAGAAUAUUAUUAGAACUAUGUGUGCUAUCUGGGAAGAGAUCGACUUGUAGAAUAUUCAAUAUCUUGUUUAAUACCAUUUACGAUAUUACGUGUAUUACACAUUAUAGUGUGUUACACAAUAAACAAUGUGUAAGCUCGAU